UUGACAUUUGUGAUCAAACGUGUUAACCUAACUUCUUGUUUUGCCUAAAUAAAAAAUAAGUAAGUGUAAAGUAACUCCACAAAUUCAAUGUUUUAUAAAUCAAGACGAAAUGUUUAGUGUUUUUAUGUACUAAUAGGUAGUAAUACAUUUAUAUUUUAGAAGUACUUGUUGCUUUUGGUGAUAAGUGAAGUGGUAGAGAAAUAUGGGAAUCUUGGAAAAGAUAUCUGAAAUCGAAAAAGAAAUAGCUAGGACUCAAAAGAAUAAAGCAACUGAGUACCACUUGGGGCUGCUUAAAGCAAAAUUAGCCAAAUAUCGCUCGCAGUUAUUGGAACCGUCUAAAAAGGGGGGUGAUAAAGGAGAAGGGUUUGAUGUCCUCAAGUCUGGUGAUGCGAGAGUUGCAUUAAUUGGUUUUCCUUCUGUUGGUAAGUCAACAUUGCUGUCUACACUGACGCACACACACUCUGAGGCAGCCAACUAUGAGUUCACUACGUUGACAUGCAUCCCCGGUGUGAUAGAGUACAAGGGAGCCAACAUUCAGCUGUUGGAUCUGCCUGGAAUCAUUGAAGGUGCUGCCCAGGGCAAGGGCAGAGGGAGACAGGUUAUAGCCGUGGCCCGGACAGCAGAUCUCGUUCUAAUGAUGUUGGACGCCACCAAGCCGUACGUGCAUCGCCAACUGUUGGAGAAGGAGCUGGAAAGUGUUGGGAUUCGGCUCAACAAGAACAAGCCUAACAUAUAUUUUAAGGUGAAGAAAGGCGGUGGACUCUCGUUCAACUCGACGUGCCAGCUCACCAAGGUCGACGAGAAGAUGGUGCAAAUGAUACUACACGAGUAUAAAAUAUUCAAUGCCGAGGUGCUAUUCCGUGAAGACUGCACAGCGGACGAGCUGAUAGACGUGAUCCUGGCCAACAGGGUGUACUUGCCGUGCAUAUACGUGUACAACAAGAUCGAUCAGAUCUCCAUACAGGAGGUGGACCGGAUAGCCAGGGAGCCCAACUCAGUGGUCGUCAGUUGUAACAUGAAGCUGAACCUGGACUACCUCCUGGAGACACUGUGGGAGUACCUGUCUCUGAUCCGCGUGUACACCAAGAAGCCGGGCCAGCCGCCGGACUUCGACGAUGGACUUAUACUUAGGAGGGGCGUGACGAUCGAGCACGUUUGUCACGCGAUCCACCGUUCAUUGGCGGCUCAACUGAAAUAUGCCCUGGUUUGGGGCACGAGCACCAAGUACAGCCCUCAGCGGGUGGGACUCGGUCACACCGUACAAGACGAGGACGUGGUGCAGCUCAUCAAGAAAUAACCAACGGUAUUAUGCUUAAUGCGAGGUGAUAGGUAUCUUUUAUGCAACUUUGAUUAUGGCAACACCAAUAGAGAGGCGUCGGAAUCAAUACGAUUGUUGUUAUUAUUUAUUACCUACUGUUUUCACCUACCACUGCAAUAUGUACAGUCGGGUACGUAAACCUUGGCCAUAUAACGCUAUAGGGGGGUAUAUGCCUUCAAAUAUACAGUCACCUGCGAGUAAACUUGAUUCACUAUUGGUUUUGGUUUGUAUUUAAAGGGGGUAAUGUUUUUUUGCAUGCGGCUGUACGUCGCUAUAUCCAUUGUCCGAUUUACGCCCAGUUACGAUAUUCUAUGAGCUGAACGAGGCCUUUCAGUUGUUUUAAAGACUGUUGGCUCUGUUUAGGUAAUAAGGGUGAAGACGUCUAGCGAUGAAGGGUGUAUUUAUACGUGGCGCUAAGUGCCGUCUUGUCUUCAUGUUUAAAUAAUGAUACAGUUUAAAGUUUUAUAUCAUUUUGGUGGUUUAUUUCAUGGUUUAGUGUAGCAGGAAAUGGUCACUACCUACAUAGUGUACAAAUCAUAAUUAAGCCUUAGUAAAUCAUGCUAGUGAAUAUAUUAAAUUGUUAUAAAUUUAAAUUAUCGAAAAUAUUCGUUAGAUUAAAUUUUCAAUGACAAUACCUAUGCCCUGUGAAAUAACAAAAUUGGCCUUGGCAGGCACUUUUACACAUUUCAUUUAAUGAAAUUAAAGUUUCUUAAUUUGAUCCAUUUAACUUGUAUUAACAUGUAAUAUUUAUUUAUUCGUUUAUUUUCAAUUAAAUAGUGUAUGCGCAACAUAAUUUUAUUGUGUUAAAACAUAAUUUUUAUACAAUAUCCAGAAAAUAAGAUUAACCAAAAUGGCGCUUGCGCAGGUUGAAGAUCGUAUAGAAGCCGCCAAAAACUUAAAUUAUACAGAGAUACAAUUUUAAGAAAGAUUCAUGACGUAUUUUAACAUCAGAGGUAUUUUUUUGAAAAUAAUGUUUUCUUUGUCGGUUUAAUUACCAAAAUAAGUUAAUCGUGCAGAUUUUAGAUGUAUAACCACUAACCCAGUGCCUAAUCGUAACGCUGAUAUGAUACAAAGUUGUGGCCCUUAACCUACGCCAGCAAUAAGCAUUUGUAAGCCCUUUGUUACUGCGUUUGUAUGAUAAGUCAUUGUAUAUACUCAAUAAAUUUGCAUUAAAUAAACGUUUUGAAUGCGAA